UCCUUUUCGCAUAUAAUGUGGAGCGACAAAUCGUCACUGCCUUCCUAUGGUUCCUUGGAAAACGACACCACUCCAUUCGUCUACAAUGGCACAACCACGCCCGUCAUCUCCAAAACCCCGCUACCUCAGAAGCCUAACAACAGCAAAGCUGGCAGAGGCAAGGCCCUCAGACAAAUACUAGCGUCCCUGGUGGCAAAUCUGGGAACUAUUAAUACUGGCAUGGCGUUUGGGUUCUCCGCUACAGUGCUGCCACAGUUGAAGAGCAAUGAAUCUAGUAUACAUAUCACAGAAACUGAAGCCAGUUGGAUUGCUAGUCUCAGCGCGGCUGGUACGCCCGUGGGCUGCCUUCUGAGCGGCUACCUGAUGGAUGUAAUCGGCCGCCGUCUGACACUCCUCAUCACUGAAGUGCCGCUCAUCCUAGGCUGGUUACUCAUCGCGUUUGCUUCCAACAUCCCCAUGAUAUAUAUCGGCAGGCUGAUGAUAGGCCUCGGGUCCGGGAUGGUGGGCGCCCCGGCACGGGUCUACACGUGCGAAGUCUCGCAGCCGCAUCUCCGAGGCAUGCUGGGGGCGCUGGCCUCUGUCGGGGUCUCCACGGGUGUCUUAAUAUCGUACGUGAUCGGCAGCAUGACGACGUGGAACAUCCUGGCCGGCGUGAGCGCCAUCGUGCCCAUGCUGUCACUCCUCGGCAUGCUGCUGCUACCAGAAACACCCAACUACCUGCUCUCUCACGGCAAGAGAGAUCGAGCUGAAAGUUCGCUUGUGAAGUUACGUGGGUCGACUUGUGACAUCGAUGAGGAGAUACAGAGGAUGAUCAUAUUCAAGAGAAGAACCAUGUUGAACCGUAAGUUGCGGGGUGUGAAAGAGUACAUCAAGGCGCUUCUGUCCCCAUCUGCCUUGAAGCCGUUCGCAAUCCUGGCCGUCUAUUUCUUCAUCUACCAGUGGUGCGGCGUCAACACCAUCACCUUCUUCGCCGUUGAAGUUUUUAGGGCGUCAGGCGCAAGUAAGGAGAAUCAGUAUUGGCUGACGAUAGCCAUGGGCGUAGUGCGGCUCAUAUUCACGGUGAUCGGCUGCAUACUGUGUCGGCACUGCGGACGGCGCCCGCUAACUUUCGUCUCAGCGGUGGGCUGCGGAUGUACGAUGAUCGUCCUAGCAGUCUACAUGUACUUCGUCGAGCAGUGGAAUCAAGCCGGCGUCCCACCGAUGUACGCCUGGGUCCCAGUGGCAGCCAUAUUUGUGUUCAUGAUAUCCUGUACCUUGGGAUAUCUCAUCGUGCCUUGGAUAAUGAUUGGAGAAGUGUAUCCCACGCAGGUGCGUGGAAUAGUGGGUGGCAUGACGACGACAGCGGCGCACUUGUCCGUGUUCUCAGUGGUCAAAACAUUCCCGUUCCUCAAGGACGCGCUCAACUACUAUGGAGCCUUUGCAGUCUACGGCGCCAUGUCUAUUGGCGGUAUCGCCUUCUUCUACAUCUUCCUCCCUGAAACGAAAGGGCGCACCCUUCAGGAAAUCGAAGACUACUUCUGCGGGAGAACUAAAACUCUCAAGCAACCAAACAAAACCGAUGGCGCGUGAUCAAUGAGUAGCGCGUGACAAAUAUCUUAUACAUAGGUAAAAUGCAUUUCGUACGGUUUUUAGAGUCUACUCGCAUACUAGUUUAUUAAUUGUGGCCUUAAGAAACCUACUAGUGCAACUAACGGUACAG